AUGUCCGCCAUCGGCAGCCGCCAGCAGCGGCUCUUCACCGGUGCUCUUUUUCCAGAAGUGCUCAACGCACAACUCUUUGCCUUCGCCGCGCGGCAUCACCUGAAGAGUAACGUGUGGGUGCCACGGAAGGCCUUCGACGCGGCACUGAAGCCGUACAACGUUUUCGUGUUGCCCAACGCGGCUCUCUGUGACGUGUCCCUCACCCCUGGCGGUGGCGCGGUGGAAACAACGGAGGCCAUCGGCACCGAUCUUGUGCUGGUGAACGCGCAGCACACCUCCAACCAGAAGUUCAUGGAAGAGUUCCGCGACUUUUUGGUGUCACGAUUGACGACGCCGGUGCUGCCAAGGGAUGCCAUCACCUCUCUCUUCCUCCCCCAGACGUUCGCGGCUGAAGCUGCGGGGCGACUGGAUGCAAAACCCUACAAAUACAUAGGUGUGACAUUUACGCAACUCGACGACCGAGCGAAGGGUUGCGCUCGAGAAAAGGAUUUCUUCAGUGCCGCAGACCAACUAAGCGCCAAAGCUGAAACCGACGCGGCGAACGCAUGCGCUGACUUCACGCAACAAGACCAGCAGCCACAACCGCGACAGCCAGUCCCCAUUCUGCAGCCCGAACCGCUGUGGGACAGGCUACCGCCCUUCCAGUAUCCUCUCGCGCUCAACGGGUCGCUUUUGAUGGGGGCGGAGGUUGCGAGACGGCUUUUGGCAUUGCAAAAGCAGGGGCGCUUCUACAGCAACUACUGGCGACGCCUGCGCAGUCCCACGGCGAAGCUGCAGAGUUUUUUCUACACCGGCCAGACAGAAUACGCGGGGCGGUACAACCCGUUUUAUUGUGUCCGCUACGUUCCGCACAACUACACAGGGCGACCCUUUCCGUUGGACAUUGCACGUCUCAUGCGACACCGUGCGGUGGAGUACGGCUACGUGUCCCGGAUGUGGCUGACCCGGCGGCAGGGCGAGGAGCUCUUUGGCACGACGCUGCUCCCAGAGCACGCGCACGACUUCCCAGUGGUGUGUUGCAACUUCCACAGUGGUGGACUCGAGUCGAUUGCGUACUACUGCGCUGAUCAGUUCGCCCACAGCGAGGAUCUGUUCCCCACGCAGCGAGAGAUUGAACUGGCCGCGAAAGGGGUGUGGAUUCCAUCCACGAAGAUUGCCGCUUUCCCGCUGCUGCGGCAGCUGCAGGAAAAGUACACAACCGAGACGACACCCGUCAGCAGCGACCGCAGCGGCAUGGAUUUGGCGAAGCAGGACGCCAACCGACACACCGAGUUCUGCCAACGAACCGAGGCGUACAGCGCGAUCCGCCUCGUUGGUUUCGACCAGGACAAGGGGGAUAAACAUAUCCGCGCAGCUCACCUCGGCAAAGCGUUGCAUCGUCAGUGUGUCCUCUGCGGCUACCCGACGCCGGUGUUUAUCUCUCAUCGCACGCUGAUCAAUUUCAAUCUAGCGGUAAAAGACGGCGAGGAGGGGGUCGUGCAGCUGCAGUGCCCCGUGAAGCUACCGUAUGACAACGCCUGGACGAACGGCGAGUGUUGGUUUAACAUUGCCCAGAUGCGUGAGCCCGCGGUGGGCGCAGAGCUGAUGGAGCACUGGCCGCGGCACUUUCUCACACGCCGGCGCCUCAACAGAAAUUUGGCAGCGCAAUGCUGCCGCCUUCAGAUUGCAGAGCGAGCCCGCACGGCAAUGGCGACGCCUGCGGAGCGCAACACCACAGAUCCAGCCGCUGCUGCGGCUCUUGACUCAGAGUGGGUGCCUUUGUAUAUGAUUGAGGCUGCUGGCUGGAAGCUACGUCCAGGAGCCGCGGGUGUGCGAUACGUUCCUAACCACGAUGGCGAAGACUUCACACGCUACUACGUUGGUAAGAACAUUAUGUUCCGCGUGGCGGACGUCUGCCUCGACGCCUCAAUUGUAGCGUGGAUGCGGCGGUACACACCCAUCAACGCGCAGUGUCACCCGUACCUGCGUGGGCUUCGACAGUUGCUCACGCUGCGCGCCUACGAACGAGGUUACCAGUCACAAACUUGGGUGGCUUUCCCAGAUGUGCAAGCAACGGCCGCAUCCCUGCCAGUUCGUCUCACCCCGAGCCCAGUUCGUGCGGGCAUCACGCCGCUGGCCACGAGCCGCUUCCAGUUUUCGCAGCCGCCCUUUGUGCGCCUUCGCGAUUUGGUGUUUGUGAACAAAGAGGAACUCGCACCGCCACUUUGGCAGGCAGCUCGCGGGCACAACGGCGUGAGCGACGCAGCAAUGGGUGGUGGUGCUGCCGCAGCCGCGUCGGACGAGCCGGAUGCGCCGCUGCGGCGCAUGAAUGCGGCUACGAGGGCGAUGGUGGAGGACGGCGUUGGAAUUUCCGCAGAGGCGUUCUUGACGGGGGCGGCACAGAGUCGCAUGCAACGACCAUCGAGCACGCCGACGCUGCCCACAGGGACGCGACUCCCCAUCAGCGACACCGAUGAUGAUGAUGGUGGUGCGGAUGCUGUAGAGGACGUCUUGGACGACGACGACGAUGUUGGCGAGUUGCCCUAUGAGGGCAGCGAAGCGUAA